AUGUCGAAGGACAUCGAGCGCCUCAAGGAUGAGGGCACGAGACAGCAAGUCGUCCUCGCCGGCGGCAUAGCAGGCCUCGUGUCCCGCUUCGUGAUCGCACCCCUCGACGUGGUGAAGAUCCGCCUCCAGCUCCAACCUCAUUCGCUCUCGGACCCCUUUUCAUGCGAUGGCAUCAAGGGACCCAUUUACAAGGGCGUCUUUUCCACGUUACGCGCCAUCGCAAGGCAGGAAGGGAUCCGAGCGUUGUGGAAGGGCAACAUCCCCGCCGAGGUCAUGUACGUUGCCUAUGGAGGGAUCCAAUUCACGACGUACCGAACGAUCACGCAAGCCCAGGCUCUUUUAGCGACCAGAGCGCCCCCGUCGGUGGAAAGCUUCAUUAGCGGUGCUGGAGCCGGCGCCGCCGCCACGACGGUGACUUACCCGCUGGAUCUGUUGCGGACGAGGUUUGCCGCCCAGGGGUCCGAUCGGAUCUACACGAGCUUGAUCGGGUCCGUACGAGACAUCACUCGUCACGAAGGCCCCGGCGGCUUUUUUCGAGGUUUAAGCGCUGCGGUCGGCCAGAUCGUGCCGUACAUGGGUCUGUUCUUCAUGAGCUAUGAGUUCCUCCAUCAGCAUAUCGGCGGGACAACCCUGCCGUUCGGAUCCGGCGACGCCACCGCGGGGAUCUUUGCCAGCGUGUUUGCAAAGACGGCGGUCUUCCCGCUGGACCUCGUGCGGAAGAGACUGCAAGUUCAGGGCCCGACGCGGGGGCGGUACAUCCACACGAAUAUCCCAGAGUACAACCAGGGCGUGCUUCGAGCGCUUGCCACGAUCUGGAUGAAGGAAGGCUAUCGCGGAUGGUACAGGGGUCUGACUGUUAGCCUGGUCAAAGCUGCUCCGGCCUCAGCAGUGACCAUGUGGACGUACGAACGCGUGUUGCAUUCGCUCAUAGCGUCGAACCGAGCUGAUGAGAUGUGGGAGAUAUUCACAGGCUACGAUGACGAGAGUGAUGACUAA